UACAUGGGCUGCAUCGAGGUCCUCCGCUCCAUGCGCUCCCUGGACUUCAACACGCGCACGCAGGUGACCAGGGAAGCCAUCAACCGGCUCCACGAGGCCGUGCCUGGUGUCCGGGGCUCCUGGAAGAAGAAGGCCCCCAACAAGGCCCUGGCCUCCAUCCUGGGCAACAGCAACCUGCGCUUUGCGGGCAUGAGCAUCUCCGUCAACCUCUCCAUCGACGGCCUCAACCUCUCCGUGCCGUGCCACAUCCUGGAGUGCUGCGGGGGCCUCGCCCAGAGCGUCAUCAGCACCGUGGGCCAAGCCUUCGAGCUACGCUUCAAACAGCACCUGCACAGCCCCCCCAAGGCGGUGGUGCCCCCCGAAAGGCUGGCCGGGCCCGAGGAGUCGGCCUGGGGGGACGAGGAGGAGCCC